CGCUGAGCAAUCUUGAACAUUUUUUGUUGUUUUGUGAAGGAAAAUUGUCUCAAGUAUCCAUGUGUGCACAUAUAUGUGUUAUGUUGUGUGUGCGUGGUGAUUUGUGUUAAAUGCUGAUAGAAAGAAAUUAAAAAUCAGGUAUAUUUUAACAAUGAAACUUUCAUAAAUGAGAAGAAACGCAGUGUUUGGUGUUAUCAAGUGCUAGUGAAUCCGUCGGGAGGCGGUAAUCGUUCAAGUUGGCGAAGGCACGCAGGGGUAUGAUUAAGGAGAAGGAGAAGGGCGGCGGCGCCCGCCUCAAGGACGAGCCCAGCGAUUCCGCUGAGCCUGGCCACGGCUCCCGCCCGCCGUCAGCGUCGCUGCCGACCCCAGCGGCGCUGAAGAAGGAGCCCGACGAGCCGGCACACAGGGUCAAAAUGGAGCCCCACUCACAAGAAGACUCUGGUGGGGACUUGGGGGUCGAUGGCAUCAAAACCGAGAUCGACGGGCUCAUGGACAACGAUGGUGACCCAACGAAGUCUCCGUCGUGCGAUAUGCCCGGGCCGGGGUCUCUAAAGUCCGAGAGGCUGUCUUCAGACUCCAACGAUAUAUUGGAUCCGCAGACCGGCCUGCGAGGAUCGUCUGGCAACAUGCAGGACGGCAACCAAAACUGCCGCAACCCCAACGGGCCAGAAAUGGGGUCGUGCCGCAUGGGCGGCGGCGGGCCUAUGGGCCCCGGGGUGUCCAUGGGCAUGUCCAGCGAGGCCCAGACUCUACCCUCAAACGUCAUCAGCAAACAGGCCGGGAGUAUGGAGCAGCAGAGCCAAAUUUUCGUGUUCUCAACGGUGAUGGCGAAUAAGGGCGCCGAGUCGGUCAUCGCCGGACAACACCACUCCAUCAUCGCGUACCACUGCGCGCAGCCGGGCACCAAGAAAUAUCUAGAGAAACACCCUCUAAAAAUGGGCCAGUUCAACAAACAGAGUCCAGCGCAAUGGCUCAACAACCUGGCCAUGGCCAAGACCCGAGGUGGCAUGCGCGGCGGGCCCAACAUGAUGGGGCCAGGUGGCCCAAACCAGAUGGGCCACAUGAUGGGCCCCGGCGGGCCCAUGGGGCCGAUGGGCAUGGGCCACAUGGGGCCUAACAUGAUGGGCGGCCCGGCCAGGAUGGGCGGGCCGGGGAAUCAGAUGAUGAUGAUGAAGGGCCAAAUGGGUCAGAUGGGGCAGAUGGGACCCAUGGAUGGGUUUCCAGGGGGCACCCCGUCCUGCGGUGUCAUGGACGGCCUCGGUGCUGAUGGUGAAAUUCCCUGGGACACCAAAAACCCCUCCGUAAUGUCGAACGGCAUGUCAAACGGACCCGGCGCGUGCUCGGAACCGGCGGACCCUCCCUCGAGCCAGAGCGAUACCCCCUCCUCUCAGGCCGACUGCCAGGCUGGCCCUAAAGGUGUUAAAAUUCCAGACGAGAACCUAACACCGCAGCAGCGCGCGCACCGCGAGGAGCAGCUCGCCACCAUCCGCAAGAUGCACCAGAUCCUCUUCCCCGAGUCCGGGCCCAACCAGCCCCCGGACCCCGCACAACCCGCGUCCGACAACCCGCCCAACUCCACCAACAUGCCCUUCCCGCCCAUGUCCAUGGGGCCUAACGGACCCAUGGGCUCCGGGCCCAUGUCCACCAUGUCUAACAUGUCCAACUCCGGCCCUUCCUGCACUAUGUCUGGCCCUAUGGGCAUGGGCCCAAUGGGGCCUAACAUGGGCCCGAACGGACCUAUGAUGGGCAUGGGUCCUGGCAUGAUGUCGCAUGGCAAUAUGGGGCCGAACGGUAUGAUGGGACCUAAUGGGCCUAUGAUGCCGGGAAUGGGGCCCAAUGGGCCGAUGGGCCCGAUGUGUGGGAUGAAGGGGAUUAGGGGUCCCUGCGGAGGCCCGGAUAUGAAGGGUGGCAUGUGCACUGAUAUGCAUAUGGGCAGAGGGUGCGGCGGACCUAUGGGGCGGAUGCCUAAUCCCAUGGGUGGAAUGGGCGGUCCCAAGCCGUGCAUGAUGGGCGGACCACACGGCAUGGGGCCCAGAAUGAUGCCGGGACCUAACAUAAACGCUAUGAACGGUGGUAUAAUGAUGGACGGUAUGAUGAUGGGACACGGGGACUGCGGCCCUGAACACCACGGGAUGCCAAACGGACCACAGUGUGACGAAUACGGCAGGAGAAACAUGGGUCCAGGCGACCCCGGCGGGCCCGGCGGCCCCGGCGGGCUGCACAAGGCCGGGCUGCGCAGCCCCAAGAGCCCCGCCACCACCGGCGACAUCGACUGGCAGAAGAUACACCAUCAGUUCUUCGACGACCCCAAAUCCAUGGACACCGACUUAAGCACGCAAGUGAAGUCGCCGUGUUCGGAACGAGGCGGCUGCCUGCCGCCGCCGCCCUACGGCGCCUCUCCCCUCCACCGGUCCGCCUCAGUGCCUAUAGCCACGCAGUCCCCCGGGCACGGUGGCGGCGGCGGCGGCGUGCAGAUGCCGAUGUCGGCGGAGGCGUCGCGCGCCGGCUCCGGCCUCAACAGCCCCGCGCACAAGCCCGGCCCCAAGCAGGACGCGCCAGAAAUACUAGAGAAGUUGGACGAUGGCGUGUUUGUGCGAACACUGCAGUGCCUCGCGGCGCAGCAGCAGAAGAAUCAAGCCGCGGGCGGACACAAGGAGCCGAGCUUGAUGCCCGUGCCUUCGCCGCAGCAAAUAUCGUAUCUCAACCAGUUUGAAGGCCAAGAAUUAACGAUACAGAAACAGCCCAACACGUCAUUGAAAGACAACGGGCCGCCUUCGAAUAGCGGUGGGCAAACGCCGCAGUCUAGUUCUAAUCAGAAAUCACCCGCUGGGAUGAUGCCCGGCACACCAGAACCUCACUCGUCGCUAUCAGAACAGCGGGCGGGAAGGUUUUCCUUAGAACAGAGUCCAGGGUUCAACAACCCUCAGACGCCGACGUCACAAGGGAACAAAUGUGGACAAGGUGAGAUCCCGGAAGAUUGGAAGACCCAAAUUAUCAUCCCGUUAUUGAAACCUGCUAAAAACCCAGAAGAUGCCAGCUCGUACCGACCGAUUGCACUCUCUGCAACUAUGGGCAAGAUUCUUGAGCAUCUGGUUAAAAAUAGGCUAGAAUGGUAUGUUGAGAGCAGAGGACUGCUGGCUAACACCCAAUUUGGAUUCCGUAAGGUAUACAGCGUAAGACGAGAAAUCCCGGCCAAGUCCUUCGUCGAACCGGUCGCAGGACCCCUCGAAGACGCCGCAGCGCGACGGGCUCAGCCAGGGGCCCUACGCGCCCGCCUCGGCCGCCUCCUGCGCCAAGAGCAGCUGCAGCGUCGUCAGCUCCCAGCCGGGGGCGUCGACGACUCCAUGCAGGGGAAUAAUGACUCAACGUUACCGGGCGGCCCCAGCACGAGCCUGCCGGGCCCCUUCCCCGGCGCGUGCAGCAUGAGCCGGCCCGACAACAUCCCCAUCAACCCCAACCAGGGCCCCAACGGGCCCAUGACGUCCACGGCGUCCUUCGACCCCAUCUCCUCGCUGGCGCAGAUGUCGCAGCAGCUCACCAACACCGUGGGCGGCGCGCCGGGGCCCGGGCCCGGCCCAGGCCCCAUGGGGCCCUUCGGCUCCGCGCCGCACCACAUGCAGCACCACCACUCCAUGCAUCCGCACCCCCAUCCGCAUAUGAUGAUGAAUGAUUUAGGUUGCCACAUGGACAACAUGGGAGGCCCCGGCAUGGGCGGCCCCAUGGAGGGCAUGAUGGGCGGCGACUUCCCGCCCGACAUGAACCUCAGCCCCAAGAUGGGCGCCGGCCCCAUGGGCGGGCCCAUGGGACCCAUGGGGCCCGACGCCUCCAUGAUGGGGCCCCGCAUGGGCGGCGGCAAGAUGCCCCCCUUCAACGGCGCCAACGUGCAGGUGAAAGCGAGCGCGCCCAACACGAUACAGUAUUUACCCACCAGGCCCCAGAUGCCCUGCAACUCGGGCCCCCGAGGCCCCCCCAGCCUCGACUUCCUGCAGCGAGUCACCAACCCCAUGCAGAUGGACAGCGGUAAAGGCGUGCAGUACUUCCCGCGCGGCAUGGAGAUGGACGGCGGCAUGCGCGGCGUGAUGCGCGCGCCCGGCGGCAUGCUGCGGAUGCCGCACUACCCGGCCGGGUUCAACUCGCCGCCCAAGAUGGCCGGCGACCCGUUCGGCGGCCCCGGGCCCGGCGCCAUGUGCGGGCCCGGGGCCGGGUUCCGCGGCGUGAAGCAGGGCAUGCCCGCCACCGUGCGCAUGGCCGGCGCGCAGCCGCUGCCGCCGUCCAUGGGCGGCCCCGGGCCCGGCUUCAAGGGCCAGUUCCCGCUGCCCUCCACGCAGGACCCCAACUACGCGGCGCAGUUCCACAACUUCCAGCAGCAGCUGUACGCGACGGGCUCGCGCGCGACACAACCCCACGCGGGCUACCCGUACGCGCCGAGCAAGUGAUGGCCGGCGCUACCCGCGUGAUGUCCCCGCCGAGUCGCGGCCCGCCCGUGAACUACUUAAAUUAUACACCAGUGAAGAGAGAUCAAAAUAUUUUGUUAGUGAUUUUCGUUCGUAUGAUUGUGAGAUUCGUUAUGAGAUCGGCGAUUUUUUUUAUCGAUAGCGGUUCGCUUAGACGUCGUUUAGGUUUCUCGACUGAGCGUGUUACGGUGGUGUAUGUUUGUACAAAUUGUACAAAACUCUAGACGUGUUAAUGUGUACUCUUUAUCUAAAUAAUUUAAAAGUACAGUUUUUAGAAUCGUUUUGCUGAGGGCAAUAACUUAGUGGUAGGUCGUUUUGCACACAUGCCGGGUUGACAGCGCAUCGGUUCCUUUACUUAGCUAUUUUAUAUACGAUUCCUAUGCACACAGAUAUCUAGUCAAUUUUGAAAUUAAAUGGAGCCCGGGCCGACCCUGUGUUGAGAUGUAACUUUACCUACUUGUCGACGAGAUUUUUGUACCGUCAUUUAUAAAUGUUUAUACAUUUUUUUACUAGUAGAGUACAAAAUUGUAUACAUAUUUAUGAAUUCGACCGUACCGAGAACCCGACAGAAUCGUCCGUCCAUGUUAGUUUACAGUAUGAUAACGUAAAGUAUUCACUCGUAGAGGAAAUGACGGAUAAUCCUUUAAAUCUGACAGGAUUAUUUGACAUUUCUCGCUCAAUUUGACUAAACUUAACAAUUAAUUUAAUCAAAGAUUAUUAUUAGACUAAAUUAAAUUCUGGGAUUAGUCGAAUUGACCGCAUCUGCGUGCCUAUACUCGGUCAUUCUGCGUAAAUUCGCGGAUGGAAUUAUUGUUGGGUCCAGCUCCCUCGUUGAUCGGGCUACGGAUCAAUUUCACAUUUUGGUUACUUUAAUAAUUACAGAAGUACACUCUUAGUAACGGUAUGUUUUGUCCAUUUUAGUUCUAGUUUAGUGUAAUUAGAUUUUUAUUAUUUUAUUUUGGCUAUAUCGGCCAGUAACUUUAAAUAAUGGGAGAUUGACGUUAAAAAUUUUCACUGAUCCUCAACUCAAUUAUCUAAAUUAUAAGGUUCUUUUUCUUAGACUCGAAAAUGUUUCACGCCUUUUGUGAAUAAGCAGCUCAAUGUAUUUUUGUUAAUGAGUAGAAAAGUUACAAUAUUCUUAGGAGUCGCAUUGCUUCUUAAUCUUUUAAGUAUGACCGUACUUUACAAUGCGUAUCAUUGUCGUUGGGAAAGGUCCAAUCACCUGCAGAAAUAUCUCAACGUCUGGAGUGUUAAAAAUAUUUCACUUAGUGUUCUGAACAAGAGGGUCUAAGCUAGAUGGAAAUCGGUUGCGUCACGAUAGUAAAACGCUGUAUUAGUGCGAUAGAGAGGCAGGUAGCAUUUUGUUGUAGUUUCGAACGAGCGAUCGGUCAGUUAAUCAAAAAUAAAAAGCAAGUACAAACCUUUACUUGAAACAAAUAAUUGCUCAAAGUACUAAGUGAAACGCGGGUAAACCCUGUGUAAUUCUUAUGAACACUUCAGUCGCUCAGCGAUUUCUGUAGCUGAAUACAUUUGAGAUUUUUCUGUUCUACUAUUUCCUUCUAACGCAAAAGAGAUGGUAAACAACAAACGCCAACUUGCCCAACGAAAUGGUCCUUCGUUUCAUUUGAUCUGAGCGAUGUUUUUCUGUCUUCCAAUACCUAUAUAGACUCUUAAACGCAAUAAGGAGUACGUUUAAACUCCAUUUAAAUCUAAGCCUGCAAGCGCAAGCGUAGUCUUACUUUACUUUUAAUAAAGUACUUAAAAUCUGAUGCCAUAUUAUUUGCCACAUGAAUUUAAUUUUCGUGAUAUUUUUUCCUUAAUUUAUUUCUCCGUGCGAGUAUUUUUCGAGGUACAGUUUAGUGUUAGGGCAUAUUGGUAUGCUAGGAUAGUCGCACAUUGUGUUGUCACAGUGGCCUUCGAUCGUAUUGCCUUGUUGAUGAGCAAUCUGUUCCCCAGGCGAGCGCGCCAUAAACGUCCCUCUAGUAUGCAUACGCAUAAUACCGUCACCAUGUCUACAUUAUUGUACAGCGGUUAUCAGAUAUAUCGAAGCGACCAACGUGUUCAAAGAUAUCCACCGCGAGCUAGUAAGCUAUGAGGUAUUGGCUAUAAAAACGAACAAAAGAUAAUCACUCCCGUGCAAAUAAAAGAGACACGGCGAGGUUUAUAGUUACUCGCCCAGUGGUGAGCUAAGAGCUAGCUCAUAGUUUCCUAGCUCGCAGUGGGACCAGUGCCUAUGGUGCGUGUUCAAAUAUUUUUGAGCACCUUAGUUGCUUUGAUUUCUGCUGAUGACUGUACUAAGAUAAUGUCCCAGUAUUUGGCUGCCUCAUUAGUAGUCACUCUAUAAUCAGUAUUUAAUUUUGUAUCUCCAGUAAAUCCGUUCUCAGCUACGGGAUAUUUAUAACUAAGUACGCAUUUGUUAUUAAACGCGUUCUUGUUGUUAAACGAUAAGAAACAUACACAACUGAACAAAUAAACGUUUUGAGUAAAUACUUUGUAGAGUUUGUUCUAGACUUACACUAGAUGGCGCACCAUUCGAUCGCUUAUAUCUGUAUGAUAUUCUGUUCUUCUAAAGUCUCUAAACUUUUGAUUGCUUUAAAUGCUACUUUGUCAGUGAAAAAACUUUUAAAGAUUUCCCAUUUCAUAAAAUUGUCUUUCUCGGAAAAAAUCUACAUCUUAGUGACAAGCUUUAGUAAAACAUAGUACUCUUAGGACUCUUCGUGAUCUGCAGGCAAGCAUGGUCGCGCGAUAAAUGAUAAAAUAUCAGGCCGUCUCUAUCGCACUAUUUGUAAGUGCGAUAGCGACGGCCAGAUGUUUUAACAUUUAUCGCGCGACCAUACUUGCCUGCCUGAUGUAUUAUAAAAUAAUUAUUUGUAGCUGAGAACUUCGAGAGAAUUGUAGGCAGACAUCUUAAAUAAAUUUGCUUAAAACUACGGCAUAAAUCUUGUGUUAUACAAAUAAUAAAAAGUUUAGUAUCAUAAUAAUGCCGGGCGACGGUGUUUUGCCGUUAGUGCAAUAAGUUUACAGUUUUAUUAAGCGACGGAAUAAAUAUUUUUAUUUCUGUAUAGGUGCUAUUGUAAACGCGCGCACAUCGAUAAAUACCUGAUUAUGAUAUCACAUCUCGAAUAUGACUUCAAUAGUUUAAUAGACAAAUAUUAGUAGCGUAUUUGAAAGUAAAAUAAUUGAUGAAUCGGGAAAUAAGAUUGGAGUCCCACACUAGCCACUGUUAAGCGUCGGCGUUUAGUUGCUAAGAAAAAAAUGGUGUCACUGCGCGGUUGAGUCGAGCAAAAGCCUAUAGAGUUGGCUAGACAGUCUGGACAACGACGCUUGGGAAGAGUAGUCUGAUACCAAGUUAGGUUGAGAUCGAUUUUGAUAUCCUCGCCUGUGCAACGAACGGUUAAGUAAACGUCAAAAUAUAAUAACUUUUGCACCGGCAUCGUUGUUAAACUCGCUGGUAACUCUGCUUAGUAUGACGCUAGGUUUCCAUUUUUUUAUCUUUCCUAUAAAAAUCAAAACUAUGAAUUUGCGUAUGCUUGCUAGGGGGGCGGUAUCCGUUAAUGAGGCGUGGCAAUUUUAUGAAAAACUGCACAACAGUCCAGUAAUAAACACCCGCUAGUAACUAGAUAGUGUUAAUUUAAUUGUAAUUAUAAUAUAAGGUACAAUGGUUCUUGUUUUAGGCUAAGCGAAGAGCAAUGAUAUAAUAUAACAUAGUUUGUGUAAUAGUGAUAAGAGAUGAAAUUAAGAUGCAAACUAUUGGUUGUGAUUCAGACACAAUUUGUUAAGUUGUUCGUAGAUUUGUCGCAGAAUUGUGGAACCUUACUGACUUCAUGAUAGGACUCUUUAUUUAAUUUUGUUUUUUAGAUAUUUUUACGUAUCAUUCUCGUUUGUACAUCGCUAACAAUAAUUGUACAGAGUACUUUUGGACUUAAUUUAAGGCAAUAAAUGUAUUUAUUUUAUAACUCAUGAUGUAAGAAUUUAUUCUUAAUUAUUAUAAAAAAAUAUAUGAUAUGCUUGUA